UUUUAUGAUGUAGUAGGGGAGAAAUUUUUUUGGUGCUUAAAGAAGCUCGUGGUAGACCAGGCACCACGACAGCCCGCGAGGCUGAUCGUGGGUGCGCAGAUCCGCUCGUUACAGCUCUCUGCAAGAUUUCUCAGAUAUGACCAGAAUAUGCGCAUGUGUAUGCUUUUCCGUGUCUUUG